GCAAAGUAUGAGGUUGCAACGGAUGAAGUAACCUGGAAAGCAGCAACCCUCUUCUCUGCACUUUCAAUUUCGUUUCCCGCUUUCCUCCCUUCUUCCUUUCCGCUCUCUCAGCCUUUUAUCAUCCCUUGGGAAUCUUUCAUCAAAUUAUUUAUUUCCUUACUUUGAGGUGCCGUUGAUUUUUUGAUGGUAUUCAUUAUUUAAGUAAUUUACUCAAAUCCCGAGUCUGAAAAAGAGUUGUUUGAGGGAGUGUUAAUCCUUUCCGGGAAAAUGCAGACAAGGUAUAUGGAAAGAUCUUCCAGUAUGGUUCGGGAAAAACGGGUUCUUAAUCCGGGUUGCACUGAAGAAUCUCAGCCUGCUAAAAAACGCCCUGCCCUUGCCAGUGCGGUUGUUGAAGCUCUGAAGGUUGACAGCAUGCAAAAACUUUGCUCAUCACUGGAGCCAAUUCUUCGCAGAGUUGUCAGUGAAGAAGUGGAGCGCGCUUUAGCAAAGUUGGGUCAUGCCAAACAUAACUCAAGGGUUUCUCCAGAAAGAAUAGAAGGGCGAGGUGUUAGAAGCUUAAAACUCCACUUUAGGUCCAAACUGUCCCUACCCCUCUUCACAGGAGGAAAGGUAGAGGGAGAACAUGGUUCUGCCAUUCAUGUUGUUCUGCUUGAUGGUGAAACUGGAUGUGUUGUGACAUCAGGUCCAGAAUCCUCAGCCAAACUGGACAUUGUUGCCCUAGAAGGAGAUUUCAACUAUGAAGAUGAUGAAGGGUGGAGUCAAGAAGAGUUUGAGUCUCACAUAGUGAAAGAGCGUGAAGGGAAGAGGCCACUUCUUACUGGGGACCUGCAAGUGACCUUAAAGGAAGGGGUAGGCACCGUUGGUGAAUUGACUUUCACUGACAACUCUAGCUGGAUCAGGAGUAGAAAGUUCAGAUUAGGUGUGAAGGCUUCACCAGGUUGGCAUUGUGAGAGCAUUCGGAUUCGAGAGGCAAAAACCGAGGCCUUUACUGUCAAAGAUCACAGAGGAGAAUUGUACAAGAAACACUACCCUCCUUCAUUGAAUGAUGAAGUAUGGAGGUUGGAAAAGAUAGGUAAGGAUGGAUCUUUUCACAAGAGGCUAAACAAAUAUGGAAUACGCACGGUGGAAGACUUUCUACGACUUGCUAUCAGAGACACACAACAGCUUCGGCAUAUAAUGGGAAGUGGGAUGUCAAACAAGAUGUGGGAAACUCUCGUGGAGCAUGCAAAGACAUGUGUUCUAAGCGGUAAACUUUAUGUAUAUUAUCCUGACGACACGAGGAAUAUCGGGGUUCUAUUUAACCAUAUCUAUGAAUUUUGCGGACUGAUUGCUGGUGGACACUAUAAUUCUAUUGAUUCUCUUUCCGAUAAUCAAAAGGUGUAUGUGGACAGCUUAGUGAAGAAGGCCUAUGAUAAUUGGAUGCAUGUGGUUGAAUAUGAUGGCAAAUCACUCUUAAACCUCAAUAAGAGUUCAGUUUCUCCAAAUGACCCCCUACUUGCUUCACACAACCCUUCACACUCUCUCCCUAAUCGCCUUUGUCUACCAACUCUCCCGUCUUCAUGUCAGCCUUCUGUGGCCCUGGAACCCCCAAACGUUGGAGGGUACAUUGACAGUUUGAGUGGGAAAGUUGCAAUGCAGUCUCACCAGAACAUGAGUCGCAUAAAUGUUCCUUUUGUGAAUCAGUCUAUGAUAUGUAUGGCACCACAGACUGCGAUGGCUCUUACACCUCAACCGUCUUCAACCUUAAAGAAUUUUCUGACUCCUCCAACUGCCACGACGAGCUUCCCUUGUGAUCAUAAUAACUUCUUGACAGAGGAAGAAUUAAGGUUAAGGAGUCAUGAGAUGCUUGAAAAUGAAGACAUGCAACAUCUCCUCCGUACUUUCAGCAUGGGUGGCCACCACAGUCACGCUUCUACUACCAGAAAUCAUAAUGAUGAGGAUGUCAGAGAAGAGUGUCGGGACAACCCCGAUCCUUAUGCAUCAUCUUUAAAAUACACUGUGAUGAUGUCAUCACCCAAUAUGCUUUCAUCGGCCUAUCAGUCUGGGGGAGAUAAUCGGAGGUCAUGUUCAUCAUCAUCAUCAUCACCAUCAGGGAAAGCUGUUGUUGGUUGGUUGAAGCUUAAAGCAGCAUUGAGAUGGGGAAUCUUCAUCAGAAAGAAAGCUGCUGAGAGGAGGAGGUGGAAAGCGCAAAUUAUUGAACUGGAUGAUGAUGAAGAAGAUAGCUUUUGGUAGUUAGAUACAUAGAUCAAUAGAUGUGUGUAUGUUGAUAAGUUGUUCUUACUUAGUUCCACUUUGCUGCUUAGUGUUGAUGAUGAAGGCACAUUGUACAGAGAGCUCUCUGACAUCACCAAAAAUAACAGAGGACUUUCUCAUCACAAAUUCACAAUGCAAUGUCCUUGAACUCUCCCUCCCUCCCUCCCUCAAUCCCUCCCUCCCUCAAUCCCUCCCUCCCUCCCUCCCUCUCUCUGAAGAAUAUGCUAGAAUGCUAGACAGAAAAUAU